CUGAGGCAGCCGCGUCAUCCUCCUCGCCUUCCCACAAGACGCGACUCCGACAAAGCUUGUCCGUCCUCCUCUUGUCUUCCCCCUCCCUCACACACUUCCUGUCCUCGACCUCACCCAGAACAACAUCUUUGUUCGCGAUCAUUCCACCACCUACCACAUUACCUCGCAAGAAACGAACUCCACCCUCAAAACAGCCAAAAAUGCCUGCCCUCGACGCCGAGCAGCACCUCAGGUUCCUGUUGUCGUGCGUCAAGCACGCCUCAGCCGGUAGAGUCAACUUCGACGCCGUCUCCCAGGAGCUCGGUAUCGUCUCCAAGGCUGCCGCCGCUAAACGCUACGAGCGCCUCCUCAAAGCGCACGAUCUCACCCCCGCCAACGUCCCCAAGAACGGCGAAGCCAGCGCGGCCAAAACCCCCACCAAGCGCAAGCGCAAGGACGACCCCGUCCCUGUCAAGCCCGAGACGGACGAGUCGGAGGAGAUGCCGAUGAUGGCCAAGAAGAAGACUGCUGCUGCCGUGAAGAAGGGCGGUAAAAAGGUGAUGAUGAGCAGCGGGAGGAGGGGGAAUUUGAUGGGUGUGAGGGGGGUAUCUGAUCCUUCUUUGACGCCUGUUGCCUCUCUGCCUCGGGAUAUGGGGUUUUUUUCUCCUCAUGUUUUGGAGACGCCUUCUUCUCAGGGCGGUGUUGGUGGUUAUGAUGGCUCUGGUUCCGGUUCCGCGGCGUCUGUUGCUGGCGGGGAUGUGGACUUGCAGCGGAUUUAUCAGGAGCAGUUUGGGGGGCAGGGUUAUGAAGGUUGGGGGAACUGA